AUGGUCUCUGAUUCUCCUUCCGCUGCUGAACCCACCUCUCCCACUCACUCUUCCUCGUCCGCGCACCCUCAUAAUGCCAACGAUAAGCUCCUGUCAUCUGCCUCUGCCUCUGCCUCCGCCUCCGCCUGCCGCCAGUCUGCCUUAGAUUCCUACGAGUACGACGGUCCUAUCUCCUACUCCACCGAAGCCUUGCUGCGCCAGUCCCAUUCCGAGGCUCAGGAAAUGCACAACCCUCCUUUACAUCAUGUCAAUGGCUUCAACCCAGAGCAAGAGAAAGAACUUCCCCGACUACAAGCCAAUGGGCAUCUCGAUGAUGGUGACCAGCUAGACCCCGUGCUCGAGGAUGACCCAGCGUCCUACAAUUUAGUUGCCCCUCCUCCAGCCGAAGAGCGAGAGCCGUUCUCGCUCGAGACCCAAACCACCGCUCUAUUCUCAAAGGGCCAUCUACAGGUCAUCUUCGGAGAUCCUACCUUCUUAUUCAAAUUCACUUCCUUCCUUGGUCUGCACAGACCACAAUCGGUGCCUAUUCUUGUCCACUAUCUCGAUUCCCUCAAAUCACUUCGUGCCAUUCACUAUGCCAAUGCCAUAUGCGAAGGAUUAGAUCCUGUCGAGGGACUGGAGUUUACACAAAAGUCUGUUAAACUCACCAUCAACACGUUUCUGGAGGAGAGAGCCCGGAAGGCCUUCGAUGUUCUCGUGACAGAAGAACUCCCCGCAUUUAUCACCCACCAUUACAUUCAGAUUGUCAGUGCCAGUAUCAUCGCUAGAAUCACGGGCGCUCUGUCGCCUCAACUUCGCGAUGCCUCGGAUGGUUUGGCCGAGGUGUUUUGUCUGACGGAUCCAUCAAGGCCAGACAACCCUAUUGUCUUUGCCUCAGAAGAAUUCAAUCGCACCACCCAGUAUGGGAUGAACUAUAUUUUGGGGAGAAACUGCAGGUUUUUGCAGGGCCCCAUGACCAAUGCCCAUAGCGUUCGACGCCUCCGAGAUGCGAUCAAAGCUAGCAAACAGCAUCAAGAAGUCUUCCUGAAUUAUCGACGAGAUGGAUCUCCAUUCGUAAACCUCCUGAUGAUCGCUCCGCUUUCUGACAGCCGUGGCGUCGUUCGGUACCAUAUUGGGGCUCAAGUCGACGUCAGUGGUCUUGUAAAAGAUUGUUCAGAGAUGGAAUCACUACAGAAGCUGAUCCAACUACAAAGUCGUGGCGUCGAUCCGCCGGUACCAGAAAAGCCUAAUCCUGACAAGAACGACGAACUCCAAGAGUUAAGUGAGAUGCUUAACCAGGGAGAAUUGAGCACGAUCCGCAGGCACGGGGGUAAGAUGCACCGAGAAGUGACGGAGGAGGACAUGGAGAGUGUCGGCUCACACCAGCCUCGACUAUUAAUCAAGGACCCGGAAACCUUGGCCGCCAGUGCUGGCAGUGUCAACGGAAAGUUGAGCGGAGUUUACCAGAACUACCUGCUGGUUCGACCCUAUCCAUCACUGCGAAUUAUAUUUGCCAGUCCGACGCAACGGCUACCCGGUAUUCUACAAUCACCUUUCUUGAAAAAGAUAGGAGGGUCGAAUCGUGUUCGCGAGGAAUUGACAGCUGCAUUUGCCGAGGGUCGAGGGGUGACGGCUAAGGUGAGGUGGGUUAGCAGAGCUGAUGAGCAGGGCAAGAACAAAUGGAUACAUUGUACACCACUUGUUGGCAAUCAAGGCCAAAUCGGGGUGUGGAUGGUGGUGAUAGUCGACGAUGAGAAUUCUCCCGACAGGUGGAACGGAACUGGACGGGUACCUCCUACAGUCGCCACUUCAACCUCGGAUCGAGCUUGGACACCGGCCAACGGACAUCGAGGUCAUGGAUCGACUCGCAAUGGAUCUGUGGAUCUGGACGACAGUCAAGCAGGUCGGAACUAUGCGGGCAGUCUUGGGAGUGGAGAGGGGAGCGUCACCAGUCUGAGGAUUGUCUGA